AUGAGUGGCUCGGAGAUUGUGAGACUACCGCCUCGGGGCGGGGUGCCAAUAGAAAUAAAGCUGCGUUGGGGCAUUCAAAAGGAAGAUCUCACAGCGUUGGGGGUUCUGCACGACGCUGCUUUUCCUGUGAAGUACGAAUCCGAAUACUACGACUGGAUGCUGUCGGACUCAUGCCUGGCAUUACUUGCAUUCGCAACCGAAAACUGCAUCCUGUCCCUGCUGAAGGCUGCAGAGCAUCAGCAAAAUACUGGAACGGAAAGGGAUGAAGAAAAUUCUUUUGGUGAUGUAGAAAAUGAUGGAUCCUCUUCACUUUACUCUGUCAUGGUUGGUUUUUGCAUUGGACAGAUCGCAUAUGGACAACGACGUGAUGGUCGGAUUGAUGCGUCACCGACUGGGUACUUGGGGUCUUUUGCGGUGGACAGUAGGAUGCAGCGUUGUGGUGUAGGGGGAGCUCUUUUGGAUCGCUUCCUGUCGUACAUGUUCUUUACCGUAUCAGUUCCACCUCACUUGUUUCUUGACUACUCUCCUCCAUAUCUCGGGUACGAGAGUUUGUGGGGAUUGGUCUCCUCCGCAUAUCCCACGUUAUUUGACUGGAUUUCUCGGUGGUGGUUUGGGAGGGAUCGAGAAGACACGAACCAUGUCCCUCAAGACACGUUGAAAGAUAAGAAACCGUGUGACUCCGUGGACCCCACGGUUGACAGUCAAAGUGGUAGGAUUCAGUGCGGUGUGGGGGAGGUGUGGCUGCACUGUAUAGCAGCGGACACAAAACUGCUUCUGUACUAUAUGAAACGUGGAUUUUCCCGCGUUCUUGUAGCACCAAAUUUCUAUUUUUUUGGUGGUCGCUAUCACGAAGGAGCGCUUCUUGUUUGUAGAAAAGAUGAGGCGUUGAUAGAUUUGCAUGAUCUUAAUUCAGCACGUGCUACGGGAAAAAAAUUAGAGGAUGAGGCGGGUCAAGAGACUUUUAUUGCGAAAGGACUUUCGAAUGGUUUCAGGCUGAGGAGCGGAAACGCUGUUUUUCCGGCAACAAUGAGUGAAGAGGGCUCGGGCGAAGCAGAGAUCGUGGAUCUGCUGCUUAUGACGGAUUUAGCGGGGCUGCGUCGGAAGUGGAGGUCCAGUGUGGGAAAAACGGCCUUCUUGUCAGACCUGCUGGCCUCUUAG